UUGAAGAGUAGUACCAAUGCUUAAGUUUUCCAGACAACUGGCUGUUGUUACACACUUCAAAUACACUUUCCCAACAUCUCUACAUACUUCCGCCGCCCCAAACUCCACACAAAAUUUCGAUUGUUUGAUCGAAAAAUGCUCGUCGAUGAGCCACCUGAAAGCUCUCCAGGCCCAAAUCAUCACCCGUGGCCUCGCUGGAGACGCCGUCUUGGUUAGCAAGCUAAUAUCCUUCGCUGCUUUGUCAGCCUCUGCCGACCUGCAAUACGCGCACUACCUGUUCGACAGAAUUCCUCAACCGAAUAGGCACAUUUUCAACACCUUAAUAAGGGCCUUUUCCAGUCGGAUAAACUCAGAUAAGGCGAUUUCUCUUUACGUGAAAAUGUCGCGUUUCGGUAUAACGCCGAAUGAGUUCACAUUCCCUUUUGUCCUGAAAGCUUGUGCUUUUCAGAAGGCGUGUGUGGAAGGGAUUUCGGUUCAUUUACAAGCUGUCAAAUUAGGGUUUUUUGAGUCCUAUGUAAUGAUUCAAAACGGGUUUAUAAACUUCUAUGCUAGUUGUGGGAUGAUUGACUGUGCCGGGAAAGUCUUUGAUUCGAUGGAGUUCGCGAAUCUUGUGUCGUGGAACUCUUUGAUCAAUGGUUAUGCAAAGAUUGGUCUGUGGGAAGAAGCUUUCUUCCUUUUUGGUGGAAUGAGGGAAGAUGGGAUCCAACCUGAUGGCCACACAUUUGUCAGUUUGCUAUCUGUUUGUUCCAGGAUUCAUGAUGUGGAGCUGGGAAAGUUUGUUCAUUGGUACAUUGAGAUUAAUGGGGCUCCGUUUGAUACCCAUACGAAAAAUGCGCUUCUUGAUAUGUAUGCUAAGUGUGGGGAUUUGCAGAUGGCUGAGGCGAUUUUCAUACGGAUGGCUGACAAGAAUGUUGUUUCUUGGACUUCCAUGGUCAGUGCAUAUGCUAAGCACGGCUUGAUUGAACCGGCUGAGAGAGUUUUUAACCGCAUUCCUGUUAAAAAUGUGGUUUCCUGGAACUCGAUGAUCUCGUGUUAUCAUCAAAACGGUCACUAUAAGGAGUCUUUAGAGUUGUUUUACAGAAUGUGUGAUUCUUGUGUGACACCUGAUGAGACCACUAUGGUUACUGUUCUUUCAUCGUGUAGUCAGCUUGGUGAUUUAGUGCAAGGAAAGAAAUUGCACGACUAUCUGCGUGAUAAUGGCAAGCGACCUAGUGCUACUUUGUGCAAUGCCCUCAUGGACAUGUAUGCCAAAUGUGGUUCUGUGGAAGAAGCGUUGGAAAUUUUUCUCAACAUUCCGGAGAAGAAUAUAGUUUCAUGGAAUACAAUCAUCAAUGCUCUUGCUUCACAUGGAUCUGGAUACCGAGCUAUUGAGAUUUUCCAAGAGAUGGAGGCAAGUGGGAUGCAACCUGAUGCAGUUACCUUCUCCGGAUUGCUUUCUUCCUGCUGUCACUGCGGUCUGGUUGAGAUUGGGAGAUACUACUUUAACAAAAUGAGUCGAGUGUAUAAAAUACAAUAUGAUAUUGAGCAUUAUGCUUGUAUGAUUGACAUAUUUGGGCGGCAAGGGUUGUUGAAGGAGGCAGUUGAGCUGGUUGGAGAAAUGUCAGUGAAGCCGGACAUAGUUAUCUGGGGCACGUUGCUUGGCGCUUGCAGAAUCCACCAGAAUGUUUGGAUUGCAAAGCUCGUCCUAAAGCAAAUACUAGAGGUGGAGUCGUAUGCUGGAGGGUUGUAUGUGCUGAUAUCGAACAUAUUUGGUGAAGCUCGGCAGUGGGAACAAAUGAAGAGGAUGAGGAAGCUAAUCAAGGACUGUGGCCUCAGGAAGACUAAUGCGGUUAGCUCCAUUGAAGUUGAUGGUUGCGUUUCUGAGUUCAUGGUUGACGACAAGAAACAUGAGGGUGCUGAUCUAAUCUACGCGAUGCUCAACCAGCUAAAGGGUCACUUAGAGUCUGAAAAUGAUGUCCGUGGCUGUCUUUUGGAGCCUGUGGAAAUUUAGAACAAGAUUCGUGUCAAUGGCAUUCCCCCCUCUGCCUCGCAGCAGAGCCAAAACUGGUUCUGGUUUUGGGACCCAUUUUUGAAAAUCAAGAUUGCAAUAUUGUUCAUUUAUCUGACAGUUGGUAUGCUAGAAUGUAACACAAUGUACAAAUUACAGUAUUGUUCUUUGACUAUAUUUAUCCUGUUAUUCUUUCGGCCUUCA